AUGAAUCAGUCAAUCGAGCCACCCUUCCACUGCCGAUGGGCAUUUCUGGGACUUUCUAGCAUUGCCGAGCUCUUUUACAGGGACCUCACUCACCCCAGAGACGAAGAGAAACAUCUACAGCACGAACUGGUCGCUGUCUCAACCACGCGAUCCACCGAAGCGGCCGCAAGCUGGCUAACGGAGCAAAAAGUGCCCAAUGCCUCUACCGUGCGCAUAUACACCUCAUACGCAGACAUGCUCCGCGAAGGGGACUUUGACGUGGUGUAUAUAUCGACGCCCCAUGGUGUACACUUUGAGCAUGCCCGCGCAGCCCUCACCCACGGCCGCAAUGUUCUCCUCGAGAAGCCGGCGACGAUGAACAAGGCCCAGUACAAUCGCCUGGCGGAGAUUGCCAAAAGCAACAAAGUCGUCUUCAUGGAAGCGAUGUGGACAAGAUACUUCCCACUUACCCGGUACCUGCAGGAAGAGCUACUUUCACGGAUUGGGCCCGUGAAGCGCAUCCUGGCCGACUACUCUCUCCCACUGUUUGGAGAUCCCACAUUAACUGCAAACUCGCGCUUCCUGGACAAGAAAACCGGCUCCGGGUCGCUAUUAGACCUUGGUGUAUAUCCCCUUACUUGGUGCGAUUUGGCUCUCUCUUCUGCGGACGGCGAAGAGGGCGAAGACGAUCAGCCUGUGACGGUCAAAUAUGCGGAAACAAUCCAGCAUGAGACCGGGGUCAGUGACCCACUAGACGACAUUACGACAAUCAUUCUCUCGCGCUCGGGACGGAGCCCAACGACUUGUGUGGUAACUAUCUCGUCCUCCAUCCCGGGUUCUCCAAAGCUGGGGUUGAAGGACAAGCUUCUGCGGGAGAAAAAUGCCCCGUGUGUGAGGAUCCAAGGCGAAAAGGGCGAAAUUGCGUUGCCGUUCCCUCCUAUCCGACCCGAGACGCUCACCGUGCAGUAUUACGGACCAGAUAAGCUGGAUGAGAACGGGUUUGAAACGACAGAAGUCAUCACCAAACCAGUUGUCGGUUGGGGACUGCGGUAUCAGGCUGAUGUGAUUGCCACCGUAAUUCGUGAUCGAGGAUCUCAUCCUUCAGAUGCAGUGAUUGUGGGUGAGAAGGGAUCAUCGCGGGUGCUCGAAUGGGUGGAUCAGGCGAAGGUCCUGGCUGGAAUUGAAUACGAGGCCGAGCUAGAGCGUGUCUGGUGA